AUGGAGGCUCAAGUACAGCUCAUGAAGAGUCAAAUUGACUUCCUACAUGAUGCUUUGGCCGAGGUUAAGGAGGCAAACCGAGACUUGUCUCAAUUGCUUUCAAAUCAGCAAGAUAAAGCUAUGGUAAGUUUUGAGAAAAUUGCUGAAAAUUUAAAAGUCUUAUGUGAUCGUUUUGAAGUUAAACAAGUACCCUCGUAUGCUGGAAUGUUUCAAGUGUCAUUGCCUUUGUUUUAUGGUUGUCAUAGAGAAUAUGAUACUUGGGAAAAGAGCAUAGAGAAUUUGUUUGUGUUGCUUAACAUAGAGAAAGAGAGUGAGAAAAUAGCCUUAGCUAUAGGUUGUUUUCGUUCUAAUGCUUUGAAUUGGUGGAAGCUAGUUUCAAAUAUCUAUUCGCAUUAUUGGUAUCGUAAUUUGGAUGAUUGGAAUGAUUUGAGAAGUGCUUUGCGAGAAAGAUAUGCUGCUACUAACACCUUUGAUGAAGCAAAAGUGAAGGUGCUCAAUUGUAAGCAGAAUGGUAGAUCCAUUCAAUCUUACUUUGAGGAAUUAGAAGGGUUGUUUCUAAGUUCAGAAGUGGAUGAGAACGACUACAUGUUGACAGACCGUUUCCACUAUGGCUUGGACAAGUGUUUCAAACAACACCCAAAGAUAAGGAGACAAUCAAGGCUCUAUGAGGCAUACUAUGCUGCCUUAGAAGUGGAAAGAGAGCAUGAUACUUCUUGUGAUUGGAAUGGUUCAAUUGAGGAUGAGGGGUUGGUGUUUGGCGCUGAAGAUGGAGAUCAACGGACUUGUAAGGUUUCCAAGAUUUUAGAUAGAGUCAAAGAGAUGAAACACUCUUCUACUUCUACUCCUGCGUGA